AUGUUUGCAACUAUAAACUGCACAAGACUAUUGAUGGUCGUAGCCAUUUUGGUUUCAAUGUGCAUUCCCUCAUAUGCUCAGGGUGAAGCUUAUUUGUUUAACAAAAGGAGGGCCGCUGCUGGUUUUGGUCAUGUUGCAUGGGGUUACAUGAGAGGUGCCGACUAUUAUACUUAUGGAUCACUUGAUAGUGAAGGCUCUGUCAUGACAUCGAGACCGAAUGGCUUCUGGGAUCGUUCUGGUUCUCAUCAAAUAAUGAUUGCCACUUUCAAAAAUCUUGGUUACGAUACUUACAUCAAAGUGAUAGUGGACGCCCCUAGCGUUGAAAAUGCGAUUCAAACGGAAGAAGCGGUGAUAAAUACAAAUUACAAUUUAUUCACAAAUGAUUGCAUGGAAGUCGCUCACAAUAUUUUGUCUGCAUAUAAUGCGGCAUUGCCCACACCAUUUCUUGAUGGAUUGUUUCCUAAUGUGUGGUAUGAUGAUGCGGCAUCCGACUGGCAAUGUAAACCCAUUCCUCUCCAGACCUAA